AAGAACACAGGACAUGAGAGGAGGAGAGAGGUAAAAGGAGGGGGGUGAGAGAGAGAGAGAGAGAGAGAGAGGGAGGGAAAGAGAGGACGUUUAAAGCUGCUUCAUCCACCUGAAGAUCAGUUUGUUUCUCUGAGGGGCAUCGAGGGGGGGAGAAGCCAGCGGAUGCAGUGAGGAGGUCCGAGCUCCGCCUCAUCCAGAUCCGCCCAGUCCUCCAGCGCAAAGUGCCCAAGAAGAUCUGCCCACCGACACAAACCAGGGGGCGACCCCCAGGGCAGGGAGCCAGAGCAGGGGGGACAAAGGAGGAGGUGCGUGGAGAGACAGAGACAGAGGAGAGGAACUCGCCAACCAUCCUGAACUCCAAUUGCAGAGCAGGCAGGAGAUCUUCCGGAAAGUAUUUCUCCCUGACGGAGAGAGAGCCAAGAUGAAACUUUGAGCGGACGGGGGAGCUCAACACGUGUAAGAGGCGCUCAAGGUGACUUUGCAGGGACGAGUUCGGACGACAGCAGAUCAAGAAGGACCAGGAGUGGACUGCCUUCUGUGGAUUUCACGGCCAGCCAAACGCGUGACCUUUGGAUAAACGGGUGCCGACUCUCUAUGCGGCCACUUGCUCGGCUCAGCGUCAGCACCAUGUUCUCCGUCAGCCUGGGCGUCCUCAGCACGCUCGUCCUGGCGAUGACCGUCCCGCCAUCAUGGUCCGAAGAGCAGGACCCCGGCGAUGGAGUAGAGGAGACACUCCGACGCGUGAAGAGGGGCUGGGUGUGGAAUCAGUUCUUCGUCCUGGAGGAGUACACUGGCCUGGAGCCUCUAUACAUCGGAAAGCUCCACUCGGACAUGGACAGGGGCGACGGCUCUAUCAAGUACAUCCUGUCAGGCGAGGGGGCAGGUACCGUGUUCACCAUCGACGACGUCACUGGUGAUAUCCACGCCGUGCAGCGGCUGGACCGGGAAGUCAAGGCCCAGUAUGUGCUGCGGGCCCAGGCCCUGCAGAGGCAAACGGGCCGCCCCCUGGAACCCGAGUCUGAGUUCAUCGUCAAGAUCCAGGACAUCAACGACAAUGAGCCCAAAUUCCAGGAUGGGCCUUACCAGGCCACCGUGCCGGAGAUGUCCGAAAUUGGUACCUCUGUGAUCCAGCUGACGGCGACUGACGCAGACGACCCCACCUACGGGAACAGUGCUAGGGUGGUGUACAGCAUCCUGCAGGGACAGCCCUACUUCUCUGUGGAACCACAAACAGGCAUUGUGCGUGUCUCUCUGCCAGACAUGGACCGGGAGGUCCGUGAGGACUACCAGAUCGUCAUCCAGGCCAAGGACAUGGGGGGCCAGCUGGGGGGGCUGGCAGGCACCACCACCGUCAACAUAACCCUGAGCGACGUCAACGACAACCCGCCAAGGUUCACUCAGAGACUGUAUCAGAUGAGUGUCCCAGAGUCGGCACCAGUCGGGUCGGUGGUGGGCCGGAUCAGAGCCAAGGACCGCGAUGAGGGCAUCAACGCGGCCGUGAAAUACGCCAUCAUCGACGGGGACGGCCGGGACUGCUUUCACAUUAGCACUGACCCUACCAACCAGUUUGGCAUCAUUACCGUCAAAAAGCGGCUGGACUUUGAGACCAAGCGCAGCCACACUCUGAAGGUAGAGGGCGCCAACACACAGCUGGACCCGCGCUUCCUGAGUCUGGGGCCCUUUAGCGACGUCACCAUCGUGCACGUCAGUGUGGAGGAUGUGGACGAGCCCCCGCUCUUCGAUGCCCCCACCUACUUCGUGGAGGUGCCCGAGGACGCCGAGGUGGGCACCGUGCUCAAGAUGGCCUAUGCCCGGGACCCCGAUGCAGCCAAUAACUCCAUAAGGUACUCCAUCGAGAAGACCAGUGACCCUGGGAAGUACUUCUACAUUGACAUCACAUCCGGAGCACUGAUGACCGUGAGGCCACUGGAUCGAGAGGAAGUCGCCUGGCACAACGUCACCGUGCUGGCAAUGGAGAUGAAUAAUCCCUCUCAAAUCGGCAGCGUGUCAGUCACGGUGAAGGUGCUGGACGUCAAUGACAACCCCCCCCAGCUAGCGCAAUACUACGAAGCUUUCGUCUGCGAGAACGCAAAAGCUGGGCAGCUGGUUCAGACAGUGACAGCCGUGGAUCUUGAUGACCCACUUGGAGGGCAGCAUUUCUACUACAGCCUGGCACCUGAGGCAGCCAACAACCCCAACUUCACACUCCGGGACAACCAAGAUAACUCAGCCUGGAUCCUGACGCGGCGCGGCGGCUUCUCCCAACGUGACCAGAGCAUCUACCGGCUGCCCAUCUUCAUCUCUGAUGGCCAGAAGCCGGUACAGACCAGCACCGGUACUCUGACAGUGCGUGUGUGCAGCUGCGAUGGUGGUGGCACCGUGAUCUCCUGCAACGCCGAGGCCUACGCAUUACCUGCCAGCUUGAGCCGCGGAGCACUCAUCGCCAUCCUGGCCUGCGUCUUCGUUCUCCUCGUGAUGACUCUGCUGGUCCUGUCUCUCCGGAGCCACCGCAAGAAGCCAUACCUGUGCGACGAGGAGGAGAACGUGCACGAGAACAUCGUGCGCUACGACGACGAGGGCGGCGGCGAGGAGGACACAGAGGCCUUCGACAUCGCCGCCAUGUGGAACCCGCGGGAGGCGCACCUGGGCCGGAUCCGGCAGGACAUGGUGCCCGAGAUCGAGAGCCUGUCGCGGCACGUGCCGCAAGUACCAGUGUCCGGCGGCGGCGUGCAUGGAUAUGUGCUGGCCAAGCUGUUUGAGGCCGACCUGGACCCCUGUGCGCCCCCCUAUGACUCGCUCCAGACAUACGCCUACGAGGGGGAGGGCUCAGUAGCCGAUUCGCUCAGCUCGCUGCAGUCUGCCACCUCCAAUGGCGACCACGAUUAUGACUAUCUCAGUGACUGGGGGCCCCGGUUCCGGAAACUGGCCGAGAUGUAUGGAGCGUUGGAGGCCAGCGGCCCACUCUGGUAGCUCCCCCCCCCUUAACCCCUGGCAAGAUGUGCCCUCUUCUUAUCUUUGACCUCUGACGUCCGACCUCUUGAGCUCUCAAAUUCACAUUGCUGCAGACAUACCAUUGUGCUCCAGUACAAAGGAGGCCGACUAUUCAGGAUGGGCCUUAGAGGGCCGUCAGGGAGGUCAGAAACAACCUGCUCCUCUUGACUUUUUAGUCCCGCAAACCUCUUGCGAACGGGGGAAGCGGGAAAUCAGGCGAGCGGUUCAUUCGGUAGGGGGCAGUCUCUAGUUCUGAUGGCGAAUACCAUGGAGAAGAGCAUGGAUGCUGUGGAAUUCUCUCUCAUCCCUUUGUGUUUUUAGUACUUCUAGCUAGACUGGCUUAUCCCGUGCUCGUGAAAUGAGCAUGGGAUUUUGGGAGAAUCCUGUUUUAUGUUAGACAACCUGCAGGCCCAUCAUCCAGUAUUUGUCUCUGUUAGAAAAAUGUCAGUCACCCAGGCUCCAGUAAACACCUGUUCUGGACAGGUAUAUCUAUUUAUUCAUGCGUGGUAUAUAUAGUUUAUAUAAAUUAUUGGCUGAGAACUCACACGCAAAACUUUGGGUGGGAAAACAAACAUGACGUUUAAAACCUAAUGAUGUAACGUGGUUAUCGUACUGGUGUUUUAAUAGUAACUCCAUUUUUAUGUGUAUUUGAACAAAUUCCCCAGAAAUUCUGAAUGUUUCCAGACAUUCGGGAAGUUCCCAGAUCAUAAUCCCACGUGGAUUUUAUGGUUGAUAUGUUUAAUGUAUUCCAUAAACCUUUUUCAGUCUUUUUUUUUUUUGGUUGGUCUGGAUGAUGCACAGGUAGGGAAAAAUGUAAGAACAAAAAACAGCACAUUUCAUUGGGUGACCUGUAUCCAAUCGGCCGCUGUGUGCAGAUGUUGGCAUGUUGUGACUGAGAAACACUCCCAGUGACUUCCAUGGCUGACACUGUAAUUCUGGAACAACAUCAUUAUGGGAAAAAAGUCCCGUUUCUCAAAACUGCUGACUCACCGUGCCAAGGUGUCUGAAGGUCAUGCUCCAUAGAAGCUGUAACAGCUUCCUGUGAAAAAAUGGGCUUUUAUUUUGGUAAUCGUGCGUCUCUGAGAAUCCUCCAUUUUUAAAAUGGCUGCCUGCUACUUAGACUAUAGCCAUGCUGUCAUUGCUCAGCCCUACAUUGGCAACUGUCCCGUUCCACCGGAACCACGGGGUACCGCUCGGACCGGACUCCGAGCCUGGCCAUCUGCAGAAGUGCCAAACGUUCUGUGGACCUUCCAAACGGGGAGGAAAGCAGAGCUGUCCUGCAGGGAGGAUGGCCAAAAGUGUGAGGACUUCAACGUGUGAGACCUAUCAGAAGCCAGUCUGCCUUGAGGCUAUCAAGGUGUAUCUGAAUGUAUAUAGUUUUUGUAUAUUUGGUAAUAAAAACA